AUGCGCUUCGACGCUCGUGUCGCCUACGGGCUUAUGUCCGUUGCUCUGAUGGGUUUUGGGGGUGUUAUGGCCGACGACAUUGAUGAUGCUCUCGGUGACGCCGCCUCUGUGGUGAGCUCAGAGGCCGCCGCAGCCAUUUCCGCAAUCGCAAAGCCUGCAUUCACUCCUACCGUAAUUCAGGCGCCUUUCUUUGAGCAAUUCACCGAGGGCUGGGAGUCUAGGUGGAAGGUUUCACAUGCCAAGAAGGAAAACGACAAGACCGGAGACGAGGAGUGGACCUACGUUGGAAAAUGGUCUGUCGAGGAGCCUACCACGCUGAAGGGAAUUGAGGGUGAUGCAGGUCUUGUUGUUAAGGACGUUGCUGCUCAUCAUGCCAUCUCUGCAAAGUUCCCUAAGCCCAUUGACAACAAGGGGAAGACUUUGGUCGUACAGUACGAAGUCAAGCUUCAAAAUGGUCUGGAAUGUGGUGGUGCCUACCUUAAGCUUCUUAAGGAGAACGCAGAUCUCCACGCCGAGGAGUUCUCAAACUCUUCGCCUUACGUGAUCAUGUUCGGUCCCGACAAGUGUGGUGCUACCAACAAAGUCCACUUCAUCUUCAAGCACAAGAACCCAAAGACUGGUGAAUACGAGGAGAAGCACUUGAAGACCCCACCAAUGGCUCGCAUUACUAAGCAGUCAACUCUCUACACCUUGAUUGUUAACCCCGAUCAGACCUUCGAUGUUCGCAUCGACGGUACCUCUGUUAAGAGCGGAAGUCUUCUUGAAGAUUUCUCGCCCUCCGUUAACCCCCCUGAAGAGAUCGAGGAUCCCAAUGAUAAGAAGCCCGAGACUUGGGUCGACAAGGCCAAGAUGGCGGAUCCCGAAGCCAAGAAGCCUGAGGACUGGGACGAAGAGGCCCCAUACGAGAUUGUUGACGAGGAUGCCGAGAAGCCAGAGGAUUGGUUGGAGGAUGAGCCUGAGUUUAUCCCAGACCCAGAAUCCGAGAAGCCCGAGGACUGGGAUGAUGAGGAGGAUGGUGAUUGGAUCCCACCUACCGUUGCAAACCCUAAGUGUGAAGAUGCUAGCGGAUGUGGCAAAUGGUCGAAGCCCAUGAAGCCCAACCCAGCGUACAAGGGUAAAUGGACCGCUCCUCUUAUCGACAACCCAGACUACAAGGGACCAUGGGCACCUCGCAAGAUCCCUAACCCUGACUACUUCGAGGACAAGACUCCUUCCAAUUUUGAACCCAUGGGCGCUCUCGGGUUCGAGCUCUGGACCAUGACUAAAGAUAUUCUCUUCGACAACAUCUACAUUGGUCACUCAGUUGAGGAUGCCGAGAAGCUUCAGAAGGAGAGCUUUGACAUUAAGAAGAAGAUCGAGGCUGAGGAGGAUGCUGCAUCAGCCCCCAAGGUUCCGGAGCCCCCCAAGCCUCUCGGAGAGACUACUUUCCAGGAGGAUCCCGUUACCUUCAUCAAGGACAAACUUGAGCUCUUCUUCGCCGUCCUUAGGAGAGACCCCAUGGCUGCUAUCCAGACUCUUCCAGAGGUGGCUGGUGGUCUGUUGGCCGUUGUUGGUACUGUUUUGGCGAUCUUGUUCAGCUUGAUCGGCAUGGCGAGUUCCCCAGCCAAGGUUCCUGCCGCGAAGCCUGUCGAGGCUAAGAAAGCUGAGACUGGAUCAAAGGGCAAGAAGGAAGCUGAGGCGUCGUCUACCGAGAGCGAGAAGCCAAAAGCUACUCGACGGGCGUCAAAGAAGGCCGAAUAG